CGCUUCGAUAUAUCAUUUCGAGAGCCCUCAAUUCCACAAAUCGUCCCCUUUGAAGCCGCUAUCCAGAUAAGUUUGAAGCCUAGUCAGGCCACAUAUUAUUGUUGAAUAGACUAUUUGCAUUGUAUUCCCCGCAACGCUGAUCUUGCGUAAACUGCUCUCUUAUCGCUGCCACCUUUUGAGCUAGCCUCGAGCUCACACCGGACACAAUGGAUAUGCGGAAAAAGAAGAAGAAGGUUCUCCUUAUGGGGAAGAGUGGAUCGGGAAAAUCCUCCAUGCGUUCCAUUAUCUUCAGCAAUUAUGUCGCCAAGGACGUACGCCGAUUAGGAGCAACGAUUGACGUUGAGCACAGCCAUGUCAAGUUCAUGGGAAACCUCACACUUAAUCUAUGGGACUGCGGAGGGUGAGUCUUUCUUCUCACAUAAUUUAGGGCUCGAGAAGAAUCUUGUCUGACGUGCGUAUAUCGCGCUUGUAGCCAGGAUGCCUUCAUGGAAACG